AGUGAAAAUAUGUUGACUGUAUAUCUGUUUAAAAAGGGUAAGAAACCCAUUAAAAUGUUUUCCACAUGUACGUUCUAUUCCGAUUCUGGAAAUUUUUAACAUCACCAGUGGUUUCUGUAUCUUCUUUCCAUUGUCUAAGGUUGCCCUAAAUGCUUGUAGUCAAAUCAUAAUCCCUGUGUCCUUUCCAUGUCGGUGCUAUACCCGUACAUUAUCAUCUCUUGUUCCCUAUCGCCAACUGCUCCUUUCCACUCCUUCCAAACAUUGCCUCUACAUCAUCUCUUCGCUUUCUAUUUAAGCUUUGAGAUUACAGACAUCUCUGUAUUGAGUUCUGCUUUGUUUUCCUAAGCUUUGCUUUGUUUCUCCUAGAUGGAGAACACUGCAACGAGCUGCAGUGGAGCGAAAGGGUGGUUGACGUAUGCUCUAGUUCCCCUCACUUGUAGUGGGCACAAAUUAUAUAGCUUCGGGACUUUUCAGGAAGAAGAUAAUAUCUAUGCAUGGAAGAAGUACGUGGCGAUGUUGGUUACGGCUCUGUUUUUUGCAGUAAUCAUGUCCUGGUGGAGUCCGGGAGGAUGUGCCUGGGCCGGAAAGAACAACAAGAGCGAGAGGAUUCCAGGGCCCAGAGGAUGGCCCAUAAUCGGAAGUCUAAUGGAAAUGAGUGGUGGCCAUGCUCACCGUAAGCUUGCUCAUUUGGCCAGUAUUCAUGAAGCCAAAAGGUUGAUGGCGUUCAGCUUGGGGUCGACCCCUGCUGUCAUAACGUCCGAUCCAGAAGUGGCUAGGGAGCUCUUGAGCUCCCCCCACUUUGCGGACAGGCCUCUCAAACAAUCUGCUCAGCAGCUCAUGUUCGGGAGGGCAAUAGGCUUUGCACCCAACGGCGACUACUGGAGGAUGCUGCGUAGGAUUUCGGCUGCUCAUCUUUUCAGUCCACGAAGAAUUGCUGUCCACGAAGCUGGGCGUCAGAGGGACUGUCUUACAAUAUUGGCUGAUAUACGCAGUGAGUGGACAUGCAAGGGCGCCGUAAAGCUCCGCCCACAUCUUCAGAUGGCGGCACUGAACAAUAUCAUGGGAAGUGUGUUUGGCACAAGGUUGGGCGGUGAUAGAGAAGGUCGAGAGGUGAGAGAGAUGGUGGAGGAAGGGUUUGAAUUGCUUGGGGCAUUCAAUUGGGCCGAUCAUCUGCCAUGGCUGCGGAUUUUUGAUCCCCUGCGAAUCCACGCCCGUUGCGCUAAACUUAUACCUCGAGUUAAGGCUUUCGUCCAACAUAUCAUUAACCAACAUAGACAGUCCACUUUGCCCAGGAACACAGCAGAUUCAGAUUUCGUGGAUGUGCUCCUUUCUCUUCAAGGACACGAGAAUCUCCACGAUGACGACAUCAUUGCUGUUCUUUGGGAGAUGAUAUUCCGCGGCACCGACACUGUCGCUUUAGUUACGGAGUGGACGAUGGCGGAGUUGGUACUGAAUGAAGAAAUACAAGGCAGAGCUCAGGCGGAGUUGGAGGCAGUGGUGGGGUGGAAUAGAAGCGUGCAGGAGGAGGACAUUCCGAAGCUUCCGUACCUUCAGGCCGUGGUAAAAGAGAGUUUGCGAAUGCACCCACCUGGACCUCUGCUGUCGUGGGCCCGCCUGUGCACGGAGGAUGCUGACAUAGCAGACGGGUUGCAUGUUCCAGCGGGGACGACCGCCAUGGUGAACAUGUGGUCCAUCACUCACGACCCUGAGAUCUGGGGAUCGCCUCAUGAAUUCCGCCCAGAAAGAUUUCUUGAAGAGAAAGUAGACGUUCGGGGGAGUGAUUUGAGGCUGGCGCCCUUUGGUGCAGGUCGGCGAGUUUGCCCGGGUAAGGCUCUCGGCCUCGCCACUGUUCAUCUUUGGGUGGCCAAACUACUCCACCAUUACGAGUGGAUUCCUUCAUCCCAACACCCAGUUGAUCUCACUGAGAUUCUCAAAUUGUCCUCCCAAAUGGCCACACCCCUUACUGCAAUUCCCGCAACCAGAAUCUCUUACUAAGAAUUGAUUAUGGUCGUAUCGACUGCGCAACUAGGUUUCGGAUUUACCCUCUUAUCAUAUUUUUCUCUUUCAUGAGUUUACUAAGAGGGAGUAGUCAUGAGUUUACUAAGAGGGAGUAGUCUAGACAUAUUGUGCCAACCGGAAAAACUAUAUAGACAAUGUGACAAUAUUUGACUGUUCUUAUUCACAUAAGUUUUUAGUAUGUACUAUCAAUAGUAAAACAUGAAGUCUUUUAACUGUACAUAUAAAGUAUUGGUUUUAUC